CUCAUCUAGAUCGAUCUACCCGCGUUUAAACUAUCUGGUAACGUGCCAUCAGGAAAUGGCUGAAAUUGCGCAUCUUACUGCCAACGCAGUGGUAGGAUUUGAAGGUGCUGUUGCUGGAGGUUUGGUGGCUCAUCCUGAUGGAGUUCACAUAAUUUAUCCGAUGGGAGCCAAACUCGUUCUACAGAAUUGGGAUACAGGAGAGCAGGCGCUUCUCGAAGGGCACACAAGCAGCAUUUCGUCGGUCGCGAUUUCCUCUUGUGGAAAGUUCAUUGCUUCAGGGCAGCGGCUGCGACCUCCUUACCAUAAGGCUAGUGUAAUCUUGUGGGACUUCAAAGGCCGAGUUGCCUCAAACAAAUACGAAGUUCACAGAAGCACAGUUUGCGGCUUGGCGUUCUCGUGCGACUCAAAAUUCCUUUACUCCAUAGGCGGACUCGAAGAUCACUGUCUCGUAGUUUGGAGUUUUGAGCAAGAUUUAGUUAUUAGCUGUAAGAGGCUGCCCAAAGCCCUCCAGACUUCCGAGGGCAUGGCGAUAGCCACAGCCAAAGUUUGCCCUAAUUUUAUCAUCACUAGCUCGGAGGAGGGAAUUAAAGUUUGGGAGAUGGAUUUGAAGAAGUUCCAGCUCUCCUUUACAACAGUUAAUUUGGGCAAGCUGAAACGCAUGAUCAACUUUAUUAUGGUGGAUGACGACGACUCUUGCGCAUACUGCGGCUCGACUACAGGGGAUAUAGUGAAAGUUCGUCUGAAUCUGGUCCCUGCGCCACCCCAUCCAGUAAUGAUGUCUUGUCUGUCAAAGCCACCUCCAAAAAUAAAAAGGGACGGCAUGAUGCCGAGCCUUACAAACGGCAACUAUGCCCAUGGUGUGCGAGCUAUUGUCAGGGUAGGCCCGAAGGAUAUGAUAAUUGCUGCUGGCGACGGCACUGUCGACCUAGUUGAAGAACUUCCGAUAGACAAGACAAAAAAAGUUGAGGCUGGACAGAAAUGUCCUACUUCCCACGCAUUGAGGAAACUCAAAUCUUGCCUGCUCAAAUCUCGAGUUACAUCUUUGACAAAGUUUCGAAAAAACACACUGCUCCUGGGCACAAAGGGUGGCGACAUUUACACCUUGUCCCUAGCCAAUUUCAAAGACCUUGUUCUCAACUCCACCAGCCAUCCAAGCUGCAUCACAAGCAUUGCUGUUCCAAAAGUGACCAAUGAGGUUUUUGUGACUUGCGGCUAUGGAGACAUAAGACUGUGGACAAUAAAAAAGAAGGGCAACAAAAUCCAAGAGGCGAGUCGCAUUCUCCAACCUGGCUUAACUUGCCAUUGCGUGGUUGUGAGUCAAGAUGGCUCCUGUUUGAUUUCAGCAUGGGAUGAUGGGUGCAUCAGGUUUCAUGCUCCUCAAAGUGGAAAGUUGAUCCACGAAAUUCAAGGAGCCCACCACUCAAAAGUGUCAGCACUGGCAAUUACGAUAAACAGCCUCAGGAUCAUUAGUGGAGGUCAAAGUGGACAGGUGAGGGUUUGGGACAAGACCAAAUCAUGGUGUCUGACCAAAGUGUUCGGAGAACAAAGAGGAGUGAUCAAAGAGGUGGCAAUCAAGGAGAACAACAAUGAAGCAGCGUCAGUGUGCGAGGAUGGAAGUUGCUAUGUGUGGAAAAUACCGCCAGGAGAAGACCCUAGUUGCAAAAUCACCCUGCAAACCAGCUCGAAACUGACUGGUGUCUCCUUCUUCCCAGGAGAGGGUACCCUUUUGCUGACAACAGGGAUGGACCGAAAGGUGACCUGUUGGGACACGGCCACUGGUACGGCCGUCCGAGAUUUGGAAACCCACUGCGCCAUAACGAGGCUCUUUGUGCCUCGCAAAGGUGACCUCUUUGUCACCGGAUUCGAGGACGGGACCAUUAAGGUCUGGAGUCUGCUCAAGGGUGAAGACAUCUAUUGCGGAAUAGGACACGGAGCCGAAGUGACUGGCAUUGCAAUGAGCAACGACAACAGCUACAUUCUGUCAGUCAGCUCUGAUGGCUCUAUUUUCUACUGGCAGUGUCCCCAGCAGGUUGAAACAACUAGGAAGAGCAAACAGAGUCCGCAGGACACUGCGCAGCGUAGCUUCGAGCCGCAUCUAGCCGAUUUGAGGGAUGAGUUUUUGAUAAACUGA